AAAUCACUUCUGCAUCUCUGUGGAAUUCCUCCACGCAUUUCUUACAAACACGCGGGCACGUGUCGUUUGAACAUUUCGUUGUCUGACAAAUAGUUUUUCGUGCAAUUUUGUAGCGCUUCCAGAGGUGGAGGCCGCAGUGAGUAAACCUGUGGCAUAUUGGCAGUGCUUGAAAUGAGAGGGGUACUAGUUGGCUUAUUUCCAAGCUGAGUUAUGUCCCGCUUGCUAUGCGCAACUAAUAACUUCAUUGAAUAUUUUACUUGAGUUCUUAAAAGUUAUUUGUGGCAUUAAAAAGUACACAAUAUGUGCACAUAGCACAUUUAAAGUGUGAAUUAUGCACUUAAUUGAACUCAAUUGGAAAUCUUUUUUUGAUUCACUGAAGUCUAUUUCGAAUUGAAUAUCACGGAAUAUAAUAGCAAUGUAGUAGCACAAAACACGCUGUUAAAUGCAAAGGACACAUGACAUGAAAUCAUUAUAAUAAAGAUGAUUUUCUUCUCUUAUCUUCGAUACAAAAAUACACCAUACGUUUUGAAUCGGACUUCAACGCCAAAGGAUAUGAACAAAAGAUGCACAAUAUUUGUUAUUAAAUUGCGCCUGGCCUUUGUACAAUUUGGGAGUGGUGACGGCUCAUAGGUCAGACGACAGCAGGGUGUGAGUGUUUUUGAAGGAUCUGGUGACUGGACUUAUAUAAUGGGGGUUGCCUUGUGCUGUUGUCUGAACUUCAGUCAGACAUGGAAAAUGAAAAUGACCACAAGAGUUGCAGUGUACCUCCGAGACUGGCUCCUUUUGGAAGUGAGCUCACGGCCAAGAUGCAGCAGAUUAUAGAAGAACGGACACAAGUCAACAUGUGGACGGCUAUUCUCAUUGGAGCUGUGACAGUUGUUUCCCUUGUGGGCGGUGUCGUGUUCCUUCUGUACAGAAGAUACAGGCUGUCAAAGGAGGAGGCGGGUGUCCCGCAUUAUCGCUUUCGAAAAAGAGAUAAAGUUCUGUUCUACGGCCGAAAGAUCAUGAGAAAGGUCCAGACGCUGUCCUCUCCCACCACCUCCCCCAACUCUGCUUCCCGGCAGAGGGUGCGGAAAAGGACCAAAGUCCUGUCUAUUGCUCGCAAGAUCCUCCAAAUCCAGAGGGAGCCCCCCUCCUUGCAGCCUAAAGAACCCCCUCCCUGUCUGCUGGAGGCAGACUUGACAGAAUUUGAUGUGCAGAACUCCCACCUACCAUCUGAGGUGCUGUACAUGCUUAAAAAUGUCAGGGUGCUCGGACACUUUGAGAAGCCUCUCUUCCUCGAGCUUUGUCGUCACAUGGUGCUGAUCCAGCUGCAUCAGGGAGAGGCUCUGUUCCGUCCAGGUGAUACAGAUGACAGUAUUUACGUUGUUCAAGAUGGCCGCCUAGAGCUGUGCAUCCGUGAGAGUGACGGUACAGAUGCUUUGGUAAAGGAGGUUUUACAAGGAGACAGUGUCCACAGUUUGCUCAGUAUCUUAGACAUCAUCACUGGCUACCCAGCGCCAUACAAGACGGUAACUGCUCGGGCUGCUGUCCCCUCCACUGUGCUGCGUCUUCCAGCAGCAGCAUUUCAGUCAGUCUUUGACAAAUAUCCUGAAACUCUGGUCCGUGUCAUUCAGAUCAUCAUGGUGCGUCUCCAGAGAGUGACCUUCCUUGCCUUACACAACUAUCUUGGCCUAACAACCGAGCUCUUCAACAUGGAUAGUCAAGCCAUCUCCUUGCUGUCAGUGGCUCAUGUUUUAGGAGAGAUUCAUCCGCACAGAGGUCUCCGCAGGCACCCUUCCCACUCUGAUGAGUUAGGGUCUGAAAAGGCAGACCCAGAAAAGACCAGCCUUUCUGAAAAUUCAAGCUCAAAAUACAAGAAAUCUUGCUUACCGUCCACACCAAUCGCUGUUACAGGUGAAAUGUCAAUGGAUCUCAACAGACUUCCGGAACGGGCUAGAAGUGCUCCUGAGGAGGCUGUGCUCGCUGGUCUUGAAAAGUCUAUUUUAAAGAAGACUGUGACACUGCAGCGGAGUCCUUCUGCAGUUUACCAUAACAGUGAGGCUGCUGCAGGAAAUGACCACCAUAAUAAAGUCAAUGCCAUUUUCCAAGCUGCCAAAAAGGACCUGCUGCAGGUCAUCCAACUCCAGGAUCCCAGUCUACUGGAGGGUAGGGUGACGUUUCGCCAGGUCAAAGCCAAUUCAGUCGUGGCCCAUCAAGGAGACCAGGAUGUGAGUGUGGCAUUUGUCAUCUCGGGUCUACUCCACGUUUACCAGCGCAUGAUUGACCGUGAGGAGGAGACACUGCUUUUUGUGACCCACCCAGGAGAGAUGGUGGGACACCUAGCUGUGCUCACAGGAGAACCUCUUAUCUUCACCACACGUGCCCACAAAGACUGCACCUUCCUCUCCAUAUCAAAGGCUCACUUUUAUGAAAUAAUGCGCAAGGAGCCCAGAAUGGUGUUGAAUGUAGCUCACACUGUUGUGAGGAGGGUGUCACCCUUUGUCAGGCAGAUUGACUUCGCCUUGGACUGGAUGGCUUUGGAGGCUGGCCGUGCUGUAUAUAGACAGGGAGACAAGUCCGAUAGCACCUUUAUUGUCCUCAGUGGCCGCCUGCGCUCUGUCAUUGCAAAGGAUGAUGGGAAGAAGGAACUUGCAGGAGAGUAUGGUCGCGGGGACCUAAUUGGCGUGGUUGAGGCCUUGACCCACAUGAACCGAGCCACCACGGUCCACGCUGUGAGGGACUCUGAGCUGGCCAAAUUGCCUGAAGGAGCUCUCAACUCAAUUAAAAGGAGGUAUCCUCAAGUCGUCACAAGGCUGAUUCAUUUGCUGGGACAGAAGAUCUUGGGCAAUAUGCAGCAGGUCAAUGGACCUUUGACUGCUCGAAGUCUGGCCCUCCACACCCCCAACAAUAAGUGGGAUGCUGGGAAUCCUGUCUCCAACCUGUCCACUGUGGCUAUUCUGCCUGUGUCUGAUGAGAUUCCUCUCAUGGCCUUCACCUUGGAGCUGCAACAUGCACUGAGUGGUAUCGGGCCGACACUACUCCUGACAAGUGACAUCAUUAAACAGCGCCUGGGCUCCUCUGCUUUGGACAGUGUCCACGAGUACCGUCUGUCCAGCUGGCUCGGCCAGCAGGAAGACAUCCACCGCAUUGUCCUCUAUCAAUCUGACUGCGGUCUUACUCCGUGGACGCAGCGCUGCAUCCGCCAGGCUGAUUGCAUCAUUAUUGUGGGGCUAGGUGAACAGGAGCCCACAGUGGGAGAGUUGGAACGAAUGUUGGAGAGCAGUGCUGUUCGAGCCCAGAAACAAUUAGUGUUGCUGCACAGGGAGGAUGGUCCUCCACCCAAAGGCACAGCUGAGUGGCUGAACAUGCGGAGUUGGAUCACCAGACACCAUCACUUGUCCUGUCCUCGCAGAGUGUUCUCUCGGAGGAGUUUGCCUAAAUUGAGAGAACUGUACCAACGUGUGUUUGAAAAGUGUCCAGAUCGUCACUCUGACUUCUCCCGCCUGGCCAGGAUUCUAACAGGAAACAGCAUCGCCGUUGUACUAGGUGGUGGAGGUGCCAGGGGUUGCUCCCAGGUUGGCAUCAUUCGGGCACUGAAUGAGGCAGGGAUCCCCGUGGACAUUGUGGGUGGUACCUCCAUCGGGUCCUUCAUGGGAGCACUGUAUGCUGAGGAGAAAAGCAGCAGUCGAAUGAGGGUCCGGGCUCGUGAAUGGGCCAUGGAUAUGACAUCUCUCUUUAAGAAGAUUGUGGAUCUAACCUACCCUGUCACUUCCAUGUUUUCUGGGGCUUCCUUUAACUCUGGCAUUAGCUCUGUUUUCAAAGGCAAACAGAUAGAGGACCUGUGGCUGCCAUACUUCAACAUUACAACAGAUAUCACAGCUUCCUCCAUGAGAGUUCACACUGAUGGUUCACUGUGGCGUUAUGUCCGAGCCAGUAUGUCACUGUCUGGUUACCUUCCCCCUCUCUGUGAUCCUAAAGAUGGACACCUGCUGAUGGAUGGGGGUUACAUUAACAAUCUCCCUGCUGACGUGGCUCGCUCCAUGGGGGCCAAAGUUGUGAUUGCUAUCGAUGUUGGAAGUCGUGAUGAAACCAACUUGACCAACUAUGGUGACUCCCUGAAUGGGUGGUGGCUUCUGUGGAAGCGAUUCAACCCGCUAGCUGAGAAAGUCAAGGUCCUUAAUAUGGCAGAGAUCCAAACCAGGCUUGCUUAUGUUUGUUGUGUCCGACAACUCGAAUUGGUUAAAGACAGUGAGUACUGUGAGUACAUCCGGCCUCCCAUCGACCGCUACGGCACACUAGAGUUUGGCAAGUUUGAUGAAAUUUCUGAGGUGGGAUACCAGCAUGGGAAGACACUGUUUGAUGUUUGGCGGCGCAGUAGUGUGGUGGACAGCAUGCUUAAAGACAGACAUCAGGAGGAGUUCCACAGGACCAAAAGUAGUCAUAUGGUCACAUGUCCAAAUGCCUCCUUCACUGACCUGGCGGAGAUUGUGUCACGGAUUGAGCCUGUCAAGACUUCAUUAAUUGAAGGGGAACUAUCCGAAGAAUAUCAGACAGACUACGAUGAGGAGGCUUUGGAAAGCCCUCUGUCUGACUUAGAAACAUUCAUGCCUGGUGGCGAACCCACAGAGGGGGAGGAGACCGUCGACACUGCUGAAACGGAUGAUGAACUCCAAGUCAGAAUGCGACACAGGGUGACUCAUUCACAAGAAAGUCGGCUCUAACGUUCACCAAAACGUCAAAAGUGCCCGUCAGUACUGCUGCUCAUGAUCCACAAUACAUUUUCAGGAUAGCACAGUAUUUCUUCAAGGAACUUCACCCCACUUUCAUUACUGACACACUGAUGAUCUUCAAAUGACCGUCCGUCUUCACUAACUGUAAGAGAAUAGAUUGACUGAAUGGCACAUUUUAUGACUGCAAAUGCUCCCUUGAGCACAGUUUUGAUUGCGGACGGAAACUAACCAGACUCUGUUUGCUGUUAUAUUUUUAUUUCUUUGUUCAAAUGUUAGUCGACAACUAUGAUUUGAAUUGAUCAUUGAACUCUUAGCAUGCCAUCCAGCUGUUAUGGUAAGCCUGGUCGUAAUACAAUACUAUGUAUCGAGUAUGAUAGGGAGUGUCACUUUUUGGAAAUAUUUCACACAUACCUCUGACUCAUGAAGUGCAUUUCACAGUGUUAUGGAAGAAAACUAUUGUGCAUCUAUGUUAAUACCAAUAGUACAGAAUACCUUCAGGUACUGAAGGAGACUCUCCUCUUUUCCAAUGUACCUGUAUGUAAAAUAGACUGUUUAGUCGGCAUCUCAUCAAUGUUCACUCCCCUCCAAAAACAUCGGAACGGUGAGGCCAAUUCUUUUAUUUCUGCUGCAGACUGAAAGCAUUUGGGUUUGGCGUCUAAAGAUGAAUAUGAUAAGACAAGAGAUCGAGAGGUUUUGUUUCUGGGUAUUUCCAUGGGCAUCUGAGACAUACACUAACUUCGCCACAUUUUUGGGUGAGCAAAAGUGUUGGAAGUUGGAACACACUGUUAAAAUCUUCUUUUACAAUGCUUUUCCAUAUUUUCAUCGAAGGCCACUUUCAGUUGUUUAUUUUCAGGGUUCACUCCCAUCAGUUGCCUCUUUUGCAGGUAAAAUGAAUUCUCUAUAGGGGUUAAGUCUGGAGCCUGACUUGGCCCAUCUAUGUUUCUUUACACUUCUGUGUUAAUUUUGCUGCUGCUAUCAUGUUGUUCAUUGAUCAAGAUGAGUGAGCCAGUCCCAGAAGAAGCUAUAUGAGUUACCUGAGUUUCACAGAUAAGCUUGUUUAAUGUUAUAAACUUGUUUCAGAAUCAGAAUCAUCUUUAUUUGCCAAGUAUGUCCAAAACACACAAGGAAUUUGUCUCCGGUAGUUGGAGCCGCUCUAGUACAACAGACAGUCAAUUUACAGAACACUUUGGAGACAGAGACAUUGACAAAAAACAAUUGUGCAAAAAGAUGCAGAGUCCUCUAGCACUUAGAGCAGUUUGAAUGACUAAUAUUGCAAUAGACCGGUGCAAUGACCAGUGUGCAAGGGGCGCUGAGACUUCAAGGAGUGUAUGCGGUUUAAAGUGACGAGUAGUGCGAUAAUCUGGGACAAUGUUGGUUGUGCAAAUGUUACAGAUACUCCUCAAACAGUGUGCAAUGGAGCAGAUACUACUCUGGCAUGAGUGGCCAGUAUAUGCAAAUAGUGCAGCAAGGCGAGACAACUACAGUGAGUGCACGAGUAAUACAUAAUUGGCCCCACAGAAAUGUGACAACGAACUCAAGUCAAAAAAAUUGCCAGCUUGUUGUAAUGGAAUUAUAGGUUAGGUGUUUAAGAAGUUGAUCGCAAGAGGGAAGAACCUGUUGGAAUGUCUACUAGUUCUAGUUUGCAUUGAUCGGUAGCGCCUACCUGAGGGAAGGAGCUGGAAGAGCUGGUGACCGGGGUGCGGAGGGUCCGAGAGGAUUUUGCACGCCCUUGUCUUAGUUCUGGCAGCGUGCAAGUCCUCAAUGGUGGGUAGGGGGGUACCGACAAUCCUUUCAGCAGUUUUGAUUGUCCGUUGCAGUCGGACUUUGUCCUUUUUUGUAGCAGCACCAAACCAGACUGUGAUGGAAGAACACAGGACUGAUUCGACUACCGCUGUGUAGAACUGUCUCAGCAGCUCCGGUGGCAGGCCGUGCUUUCUCAGAAGCCGCAGGAAGUAGCUCCUCUGCUGGGCCUUUUUGAGGACGGAGUCUAUGUUAGUCGCCCACUUCAGGUCCUGAGAGAUUGUAAUUCCCAGGAACUUGAAGGUCUCGACGGUUGACACAAGGCGGCUGGACAACGUGAGGGGCAGCUGUGGCGAAGGAUGCCUCCUGAAGUCCACGAUCAUCUCUACAGUCUUGAGCGUGUUCAGCUCCAGGUUGUGUCGGCCGCACCACAGCUCCAGCCGCUCCACUUCCUGUCGAUAUGCAGACUCGUCACCGUCCUUGAUGAGGCCGAUGACAGUGGUGUCAUCUGCAAACUUCAGGAGUUUGACAGUCGGGUUCGCUGAGGUGCAGUCGUUCGUGUAGAGAGAGAAGAGCAGCGGAGAGAGGACACAACUCUAAUGCUAAUGUGCAAUAUGUUGUAAUAUUGCUAAUGAGUAGAUGUUCACUCCUGCCUUCUGGAGGUUGUUGUAAUGUUGCUAGCAGUUGUUUUAGGGUCCGCUCCCAAAAUGUUUCUGUUGCAAACUGCUGUUGUUUUUCUUUGUCUACCCAUUAGAUGUGUUAUUUGCACCAGUGGAUGCUUUUUUUUUAGGGCUUUCCAAAUGCUUUUAUUAGCAAUGACCAAUGUUUUUGCAAUGGCUCUGAUUGAUUUUCCAUCGUUCCCUUUCACAAUUCCUUGUUUUCCACCUAUAGACAAUGCUGGUUUUCCUGCUGGUUACACCUCCAACUAGUAAAAAUGUAGUCUUCACUGGCAGAACUCAACUCAGAAACUAAGCAUGGAGAUAUUUAGCACUACUUAUUGUUUUAAAAAAUUACAUGUAAUUGGGCUCACCUUGCCAAAAAACACCUGACUAUCACAUGUUCCAAUUCUUUUGCUCACAAAAAAAAAAGUACAAUCUUCUUGUGUUGUGUAUCAGAUCCAGAUGUGAAUACUGUAUUUGGAAAUAAAAGCUGAAAUGUU